AUCGUGAGACACAAAAUGCACCUAUACAUACACUACAUAUUAUUAUCUCUGCCGUCUUCCUCCUCUUCAUUUUACACCUCUUUCAAUUUUUUGGUCAUGGUCUCUAGAAACCCGAAUCCAGCAGACGGUUGUUUCUUGGAUCCGAAGGCUAUGCCCGUUGUUCCUGCGAUUGGACCCUUCGCGGCGGUGGCGGAUGCGGCGGAGACAGUCUCUUCGGGGGAGGAUCUGAGCAAGAAGAUUAGGAAGCCUUAUACCAUCACCAAGUCGAGGGAGAGCUGGACGGAGCCUGAGCACGACAAGUUCCUCGAAGCUCUCCAGCUGUUUGACAGAGACUGGAAGAAGAUUGAAGCUUUUAUUGGGUCAAAGACUGUUAUUCAGAUACGAAGCCAUGCGCAGAAGUAUUUCCUCAAGGUACAAAAGAGUGGGACGGGCGAACAUCUCCCUCCUCCUCGACCUAAAAGGAAAGCAGCUCAUCCAUAUCCUCAGAAGGCUCACAAGAACGCUCAACCUCAAGUACCAGGUUCCUUCAAAUCAUCAGCACCUGAACCAAUUGACCCGAGUAGUUAUAUGUUUAGGCCCGAGUCUUCUUCGAUGCUGAUGACUUCUCCAACCACCCCUGCUGCUGCUGCAGCUCCGUGGACUAAUAACGUGCAGACAAUUAGCUUCACGCCUCUGCCAAAAGCAGGAGCAGGAGCGAACAACAACUGUUCUAGUAGCUCUGAGAAUACUCCAAAACCACGAUCCAGCAGGGACACAACCGAGCAGGCGAAUCCUGGCCAUUCAUUAAGAGUUUUACCGGACUUUGCCCAAGUUUACAGCUUCAUCGGAAGUGUGUUUGACCCAUAUGCAAGUAAUCAUCUACAAAAGCUGAAGAAGAUGGACCCCAUCGAUGUGGAAACGGUGCUACUAUUGAUGAGGAAUCUAUCCAUCAACUUGUCUAGCCCUGAUUUUGAGGAUCAUAGACGGCUUCUCUCGGCUUAUGAUAUCGGUUCUGAGGCAGCAACCGAUCCUGGCGGAGGGAGUAAAACCUUGAAUAAAGAUCCACCCGAAAUCUCUACUUGAAGUUAAUAGAAAAGGGGGAGAAUUAUGAUGAAGUGUCUCAGGUGAGCAAAACCCUGAUUGGCUACAGAACACAGAGGUUCUGUUGUGGGUUUUGUUUGUACAUAUGAAGAAUGCUGAAGCUGACAUUGAGCGGUUUUUGUUUUAUAUAUAUAUAUAUACAUCUUUUGGACCAUGUAUGGUAAAAGCAGAGUGUAUUAUCUUUUAAGUUAAAUACCAUUAGUCUUAUCUCUGCCUA